UUUAACAUUGAUGCAGUUAUUAUGCUGUUAAGCAAUGGUUCAGAGCCUAAUGGCAAAAUAUGGCAAGAUUUCACACCUUUGAAUCUUUUUCGUUUAAAAAUGUCGUUAGAAUUACCUAUUUUGUGUCACAGUUUUUGGUUGUCGACUAUUCAAGUUUUACUUCAGUAUAACUCUGAUGUCAAUACUCAAGAUAUAGAUGGUAACAGUCCUCUAUUGAAUCUAUUUUAUGAUAAAGCUUGUGGUAUGUGUCCAGCACAACAAGAAGCAUUAGAAAUGCUUUUGAAUUAUAAUUUUGAUUUAGCACAUGUAAACAAGAAAGGCAAAUCAGUAUUGCACUUGCUUCCUUGUUGGAAAAUUGACGGAGAAGGCAUGGUUAAUGUAGAAGAGAUGUAUUUCAGAAAAAGGGAUCGUACUGUUAUUGAGGUAGUGAAAAUGCUAUUACAACAUGAAGCAGAUGUCAACAUUCAAGAUCACGAUGGAAAUUCUCCAGUUGAUAUGGCUAUUUCGUACUGCAACUAUGAUGUAGUUGAGAUUCUAUUGGAACAUGGUGCCUGCAUCGACGCUGUGAAAUUCCAACGAGGUUUAUUAGAACCUGACAGCAAAAUCUUACGAAACUCGGAUAUGACUCAAAAUCUUCUAGCUAUCAUAGCACUCUUAAAAAUAAAAGGAUUUCAAUAAAAGGAUAUCAAAAGCUGAAAGUCAUCAAAUUGUUUAAUGGGUUUGAUGAAAUUGAGUUGAUCAGUAGUUUAUCAGAUGAAUUAUAACUAGGCUAUACAGGCAAAAUUGAUCAAUUCAUUCAUGCGGGAAUGAAGAAGUACCCUACAUGAUGGAGGAAGAGGACGUAUAUGAAUCUAUUAAAAAACCAUUUGGAUACCAUAAGAAUAGGACAAAUGUACUUGGAUCCAGCAAUACGCAAUUAUCUUCAAGAUAAAUUGCAGAUGUUUGAUUCCUCUCAAGGCUACUCUAUAGAUGAACAGAAAAUUGAAGGCGGCUUCGCUAAAGCCAAAAGUACAAUGAUCAAUGGUAGUUUAUCGCUCUUUGAUUUAUGCUCUUUGAGCUUGAGUGAAACAUACGAAUUAUUAGAACAUUGUGAUUAUUCACUUAUAGUAAAUUCAUAAGAUUUUGAUAAAAAUUUUUUUCCUAUUCAUAGUGUUAUAAAAGGUCAUAUUACUCAAAGUUUGAUUCAUGGAUUUUUUGAACAAGUAGCAAGAGAAUCUAAUCUUGAGCAAUUAUCGACCCAUUGGGAGACUUUAGAUAAUAAAACCAUAUUUAUUAUUUAUCAACAGUAUGUCCAUGAAUUGUAAACUAAUUAAUGUUAAAGUAUUAACUAAUAUUCAUUAUGUU